AAUUAUAUGCGAUUCUGUUAAUAACCGAUUCCGAAACUUUACGGUAAAACCGGUAAGCGUACACGUCACCAUCACUAGUGUAUCAACAAGACCUGUCAGUGUCAAUUGUCAAACUUGUGAACAGUGUUUAUCGAGCGACCUACAUAUUUCGUGUUAAUAUUGUUUUUCCUUAAAAAAGUAACUUGUUUCGGUAAAUAUUAAUAAACAAGGGCAUUUAAGUGAGUUGUGAUUCAUGCGCGUGUUGUAUGAAUCAUCGCCAUGCUGUGUUCAAUGCGUAAUGGUUUGAGGUUAUGUCGGAAUCAAAUCGUUUUACAAAAUAACAACAUCAAACAAGUACGAACAACAACCAGCCUUGAAACUGAUCAGAUUGAACAAAAUGAUAAGAACAAUAAAGAUAUUUCACAAUUAUUACGGAAGUAUAAAGACAAAAUAGUUUUCAACUCGUACUUAGAGCACGAUAAGUUAAAAUUGGGGAAUCGUAAGUAUCACAUUAAAACGGUACAAAAAGCAAAAGCAACCCUAGACAAAGAAUUCAACCAAAAGUGUCUGCCACCCCUACCACUGGCCUUACAGUAUUAUGUUGAAAGCGACAAACUACUGAAAGAUGACAAUGUUGACACUGUUAGGGAACCUGACAAGGAUUUUCAGUUACCUUUCGGGACUCCAACCAAAUUGGAAUAUAAUGAAAAACAAGAUCUACAAAUAAGCAAUAUUCAAAGGGAUAGUAUUAAAAAAGAAUUUGAUCGUUCACAAAUGAAAAAAUGGAUGACUAACUAUGAAUACUUUGAUGACAGUAAAAUUGUAUCUGAAAAUGAUGAUGAGGAUGAUGAUAGAAGUUAUGAAUGGAGCAAGGACUAUGGUACUCCCGACCCUAAAGUAGGUGUGAGCCGAGUCCCCUGUGGAGGCUGUGGGGCGCUACUGCACUGUAGCGACCCUGCCAUCCCAGGGUACUUGCCAAGUGAAAUAUUUAAGAACAGGAGUUCCAAUGAACUCAAGACUAUAGAAUGCCAGAGAUGCCAUUUCCUAAAAGAGUAUAAUAUAGCCUUAGACGUCAGUGUACAGCCAGAGGAAUAUGAGAAGCUACUGCAGUCCAUUAGGCAUGUUAAAUCAUUAGUGUUGCUGAUGGUGGAUCUAUUAGACUUUCCAUGCUCCAUAUGGCCCGGCAUAGUGAACAUUGUAGGCAAAGAGAGACCCAUCAUAAUUGUGGGGAACAAGGUGGAUCUGAUACCAGGUGACAGUGUAGGUUAUAUUAAGAGAAUAAGGCAAUCUUUAAUGACUGAAAUCAAAAAGACUAGACUGGGAGACGCAAAUAUUAAGCAUGUCUCUCUUAUAUCUGCUAAAACUGGCUAUGGGGUGGAGGACCUCAUCUCUGCUAUGUUCAAAGAGUGGAUGUACAAAGGCGACGUGUUUCUCGUGGGAUGUACCAACGUCGGGAAAAGCUCACUGUUCAAUGCCCUACUGCAGUCUGACUACUGCAAGGUCCAUGCGGUGGAUAUUGUACAGCGAGCUACCGUGAGCCGGUGGCCAGGGACGACAUUAAACUUACUCAAAUUUCCAAUAAACAGGCCUUCAGGCUGGAAAAUAUACCAGCGCUCACGAAGAUUGAAAUCAGAAAGAAAACUUAUGAAGAUCGAAAAGGAAGUAAGGCGUGCACACUUACAGGGACAGGCGCCAACUGAAGCGCCCGCUUUGAUCGGUCAUAUAGGACGGUCCUUUAGCGAGAAAUAUGACGAAGAUGAAGUCAACCGCCGCCACUUGUUAGUAAUGGACGAAAAAAACGCGUUGUUCGCAAACAGCAAGUGGUUUUAUGACACUCCCGGCGUCAUCCAUCCUGAUCAAGUGUUGUCUUUACUUAGUACAGAUGAAUUACUAUUGACAAUACCUAAACAACUAAUAGCACCACAAACAUACUUCGUAUACGAGGGCUCCACCAUUUUCAUCGGAGGUUUAGCUCGGAUAGAUCUAGUCGAGAGCGCGCAUCCAUGUCGCUUUACUAUAUUUUGUUCCGCGUGUUUACCUAUCACUGUUACUAAAACCGAAGAUGCUGACGAAAUUUAUGACAGAUUUGUAGGAAGUGAGCUAUUUGCCGCACCUACAGGAGGGGAGGAACGAAUGAAGCACUGGCCUGGACUGCAGCCACGAGCCGAAUUGCUGGAAUUCAAAGGAGAAGGUCCAAAGUGUUGCAGUGGAGACGUUGUGUUGUCGUCAGUGGCUUGGAUAGGAGUUACCGCUAAAGAUGGAGCUGUCUGCAAGUUGCGUGCGUGGACUCCGGAAAGUCGUGGCAUACACACGAGAAAGCCAUCACUAUUGCCUUACUCUGUUAAUUUAAAGGGCAAGAGGUUGCAAGAUACUCCAGCAUAUAUGAUAGGAAAAAUAUUUUCUCCUGAUGAAUAAGCUUCAAGUUAAGAAAUCAAUUAGUAAUAAAUGAUCAUUAAAAC